AUGUCCGGCCCAUUCCCCGUCGAGAACGCCACGGUCCCGUACUGGCGAACCCAGCUACACCACCUCGACUCCCACCGCAGCACGCCCGAGCUCCCCGAGAAGCAGGACAUCGUGAUCAUCGGCGCCGGGUUCGCGGGCGCGGCUAUAGCGCACUAUUUGCUUAAAGAUCACCCCGAUAACAAGCCGAGGCCGAGCAUCACCAUCUUGGAAGCUCGGGAGGCUUGUUCAGGGGCCUCUGGUCGAAACGGCGGACACAUCCGGCCGGACCUGUUCGUCGGCCUCGCGGCGUGCAUGCAAGCGCACGGCCUCGAGGCCGCGAACCAAGCGGCGCUGUUCGAAGAGGCCAACGCGCGGGCCCUCGAGGCGCUCGUCCGCGAGGACAACAUCGACUGCGACCUGCGGGCCGUGACGACCGGCGACGUCUUCGUGGACGCGGCCGAAGCCGCCAAGAUCCGGAAGCUGUGGGACGCGAUGGCGAAGCUGGACUGCCCGACGCUGGGGCGCGUGGCGGCGCACCUGGACCCGCGGGAGGCGGAGCGCGCGUCGGGGGUCCGCGGCGCCCGCGUCGCGUUCACGUACCCGGCGCACGUGGUCUGGCCGUACAAGCUCGUCAUGCACCUGCUGGAAGAGGCGGUAGUCGCGAAAGACGGGGCGGUUAACCUGCAGACGAGGACCAUGGUGCACGGCGUUUCGGAGGCGCUGGAUGGGGACGGGUAUUGGACGGUGGCGACGGCGCGGGGGCCGACGAGGGCGCGGACGGUCGUUUUCGCGACGAAUGCGUAUACGGCGGGGCUGCUGCCCGAGUACGACGAGGCGAUUUACGCAGCGCGGGGGGCGGUGUGUCGGGUUGUUGUUGCGCGGGACGGGGUGGCUGCUGCUACGGAUAACAGUAGUAGCAGUAGCAGCAGCAGCAACAAUAUACCGUUGGGCUCGGCCGGGCUGGAGAUGGAGAGCCCGAAUACGGUUGAUUCGUACUAUGGCCUGCGCGCGGACGGGAGUAUUUUGGUGGGAGGCGGGAAGAGCGUGUUUAUCGACGAGAGGGAGGAGUGGUAUAGGAACUACGACGACUCGACGCUGAUCGAGGCCACGGUGCCGUAUUUCGACGGGUGGGCGGCGAGGACGUUUACGGGGUGGGAGGGGAGGGCUGAGACGGAGAGUAUUUGGACGGGGAUUAUGGGCUACUCCGCAGACGACGCGCCGCACGUCGGCCACGUCCCGUCGAAGCCGGGGCAGUACAUCUGCGCGGGCUUCAACGGGCACGGGAUGCCGAACGUGCUGCUGUGCGCGAAAGGGGUGGCCGAGAUGAUCCGGGACGGCCGCGCCUUCUCGGAGACCGGGGUGCCGGCUCUCUACGAGACGAGUGCGGAGCGGCUCCGGAGGAUUUCCGACCUGGUCGCGGCUCCUACCGCGGGGAGGGCGCGGGCGGAUAUCUAUCUGAAGUUUUGA